AUGACUUCUGACACAGGUCCUUCAGCUGGAGAUGCCACUUUGAGAAGGAGAAUUGAACCCUGGGAUUUUGCAGACUUCUUUGACCCCACACAACUCCGUAAAGAGACCUGUCUGCUUUAUGAAAUCCACUGGAACAGGAGCCAAAAGAUCUGGCGAAAUACAGCCUGCAAUAACAACAGGCAUGUCGAAGUCAAUUUUACAGAAAAAUUUACUGCAGAUUUUCAUCCAGCUGUCCACUGCACCAUCAUCUGGUUCUUGUCCUGGAGCCCCUGUUCUGAAUGCUCGCAGGUUAUUAGAGAAUUUUUGAGUCAACAUCCUAAUGUGACUCUCAUUAUAAACGUCGCCCGGCUUUACUAUCACCUGGAUGAAUCGAACCGGCAAGGACUCAGGGACCUCAGAAACAGCGGUGUGCGCAUCCAGGUCAUGAAAGUCCCAGACUACCACCACUGCUGGAGGAAUUUUGUGAACUACCCACCUGGGGAAGAACGUCACUGUCCAAGAUUCCCACAUGAGUUUAUGAAUCUGUAUUCACUGGAACUCCACUGCAUUUUUCUAGGUCUCCCUUCUUGUUUCACGAUUUCAAGAAGACGUCACAAUACACUUAAUUUGUUCACACUUACUCUUCAGAACUGUCAUUAUGAAAUGUUUCCACCACAUAUCCUUUCAGUCGUAGCCUAUGAUUUCCGUUCACCCCUUUACUCCAACUUCCUGUGACUUCGAGCUGAAUGGAAUGAUUUGGUGUGUAUACUGUUUCACGAACAGGCAAGAAUCAUUUAUUUCAAUGUCUGUGUUAGGACUUUGGGACUGACUAAAUUGAGGGGUUUUUGCCCUAGAUUUCUCAUGUGGUUUCACUCAAAUGAGGGACUUUUGAGGGACUGAUUUCAUCUGAUGUCUG